AGUGGUUCCGGGUCUCGCGGCCCGACCGAGGUAGUUGCGGUGCCGCUGCCGUUGUAGGCGGUGGCCGUGAGAGGGGCGAGGCCCGAGGGGCCGGCGGCGGCGGUGGCGGCGGCGGCGGGGACUUCCCGGCCGGGUUAUGCUGUCUAGGAAGCUAAAGGGCAUAAAAGCUGCUUUCCAGAUUUAGACAGCAAUUUUAGAUGUGAUGCAGAAUGUCAACUAUUCUUGAAUGUGUGAAAACCCAAUUCUGCUGACCAAACAUCUGAGCAAGUGACUGGGCAGUCUCCACAGGGUCAUCUUUCUGAAGCUUCAAAUUCUUUUUUGGAAAGACGCGGUGUACUGAAUUAAUUGCCCUUCCUAUGUAUAAAAAGUGGAUAGUGGCUCACAUGUCAAAGGAUGGCACGGUCACGAUCUAGAUCCCCCAGGUGGAAACACAGGUCUUUAUCACCAGUACCUAGAAAUCCUGAAUACUACAAGCAAAAGCAUGCUCAUGGGCAUUAUGGCUGUGAAUAUAGGAAGGAUCCCAAAAGACCUGUCACUUGGAGAAUGGACAGUGAGAAACAUGGACAGAGUAAACCAAGGAUUCCCACUCAUGGAAAUAUGUAUUACCGAUCUUAUGAAAAUAGAUCACCUUCCCCAAACAUAAGAAGAAACUCAGUAGACAAUUUUUAUAUGUAUAAGCCUCACCGAGGAUAUUCGCCUGAAAGAGGGGAUGGUAACAGAAGAUCUCAGUAUAUGCCCAAAUACUCAGAAAGUGUACCAUACAAAGAGCAUGAGAGGAAUUGUUAUCCCCAGAAAGUGCAAGGAAGGUAUAUUCCUGAUGACCAUAGAGUUAGAGGAAGUGGAAAAGGAGGGAAACCACCUCAGAGGGCAAUAGCAGAUUCUUUUAGAUUUGAAGGAAAGUGGCAUGAAGAUGAGUUGAGGCACCAGAGGCUACAAGAAGAAAAAUAUUCCCAGUCACCUAGAAGAGGCUCUGAAGACUUUGAAACAAGGAGCUCUUUUCAGAAGAGGUAUCCUGAGGAUCGUGAUUUCGGAAAAUAUGGACACACAUCAAAAAGACCUAAAGACGUGGAGAGGUAUGAAAACAGAGAGCCUGCCAGGAACCCAAAGUGGAAGCCCGAGCAUUCCCUUCUACCUUACCAAGAGAAGAAAGACCAGCGGAACCUUGGACCUCAAACUCAUCGACAUGCUGAGAGGGAACACCCAGAGACCAGUUCAGCAACCAAAGUAUCCUAUGACUAUCGCCACAAACGUCAUAAGCCCUCAGAUGGGGACCAGGACUUUUCUGAUGGGAGAACUCAGAAGUACUCUAAGGAAGAAGACAGAAAAUACAGUUCUCAAAAAGGCCCUGUAAACAAGGAGUUAGAUUGUUUUAAUGUUGGAAGAGGGAGAGGGACUCAAGAUGGGCAAUCCAAAGAACCUUUGAAACCAUCUAAGAAAGACUGCAUUGCCUGUACUCGUUCAAAUAGAAAUGAUGUUGAUUUAAGGCCCUGUAAUGACAAAUGGAAGGAAAAAAUAAAGAAAGCAGGGGAUUGCAGAAAAGAGAGCAAUUCUUCUAGUAACCAACUGGAUAAAAGUCAAAAACUUUCUGAUGUGAAACCCUCGUCUGUCAAUCUUAGGAAGAAAUCACUUACGGUUAAAGUAGAUAUGAGGAAAGCAGUAAAUACAUUCAGGGUUGCUUCUAGCUAUUCCACAGAGAGACAGAUGUCACAUGAUUUGGUUGCUGUUGGCAGGAAAAGUGAGAACUUUCAUCCAGUGUUUGAACAUCUUGACUCAACUCAGAAUACUGAAAACAAACCUACAAGAGAAUUUGCUCAGGAAAUCAUAACAAUAAUCCAUCAAGUUAAAGCAAAUUAUUUUCCAUCACCUGGCAUUACUCUACAUGAGCGUUUCUCAAAAAUGCAAGAUAUACACAAUGCAAAUGUGAAUGAAAUUAAAUUGAAUUCAGAUCCAGAAAUUCACAGGAGAAUAGAUAUGUCUUUGGCUGAGCUUCACAGUAAACAAACUGUGUUACAUGAAUCAGAAAAGACUCUGGUCAAAAUAAUAGAUCCAAAUGACCUACGACAUGACAUUGAAAGAAGGAGAAAAGAACGGUUACAGAAUGAAGAUGAGCACAUUUUUCACAUAGCUAGUGCUGCAGAGAGGAAUGAUCAGCGUUCUAAUUUUUCAAAGGUGAACAUUCAUACUGAUGGAUUCCAAAAACCUACAUAUUUUAUAAAAUCAAAUUCCAGAAAAUUUAUUCAGAAACCUUACAUGAGCAACUUUAGAGGUGGGAGAUUCCAGCCCCAUUAUAAAUCAGGCCUAGUACAGAAGAGCUUGUACAUCCAGGCUAAAUAUCAGCGUUUACGGUUUGCUGGUCCAAGGGGAUUUAUCACUAAUAAAUUCAGAGAAAGAUUACUGAGGAAAAAAAAGUUUUAAUAAUGUAAGAUCCUAGUAAAAGGAAUAUAAAAAUGUUGCCACAGAAAUCUAAUCUGGAAAUGUUACAAAUGGAAACAACACUACAGAAGAAAAUUUGGGAUCAUCUCUUUUUGUCAGGAGUUAGAAGUGGCACUAAGGCACUAAUACUGUAACUUUCUUGAUAAAAUAACUUUAUUUUUUAGUAGUGGAAUGCUGCAAUUCUUUUAUACUUAACAAUUGUUUUUAAAUUACAGUAUUCAAUCUAAAAGUUGUAUUAAGUAUGGUUUCUUUUGCAAAAACUCUCACAAGAAUCACUUGAAGGGCAUUAUUUGUUGAUGCGUUUUUCUCUGAGCAUGGUUUCAUAAAGAGAACUUAACCAAGUUAUAUUCAGACAUUUAUAUGUUGAAAGUUUUGCUUAUGUAAUAAAAACAAAAACAAAAGUAUCCAAAUUGUAUAGUGUCUGUACAUGAAAGAACUUUAAACAGUGGCCUUACAGUAGCAAAUUUUAUACCAGAUUUUUCUUUUUCUGAUGACAUUUUGGCUUACAACUUGAAGUUUUCUUAAGUUUCUGAAGAUCAAGGCCUAUAUAAUUCAUACAUUUCAUAUUAUAAUAUAAGAAGGCAAGAGAAAAGGUGCUUCAAAUUUUCCAUCAGGUAGUUGUGAGUGCACUGAAUUUUUAGUAAUAUGUUCAUCCAGUUUUUUCCAUGCUAUUUGCUCUUUUCCAAUUUCAAAAUGCUAUUGUGGAAAAUAUGUAAAGAUUUUGUAAUCUAUAGUCCAUCUUAUUUUUCCCUCAGGGCAAGCUUGUGCAUAUCAUAUUUUUAAAGGCUUUUUAAAAAUCUGACAGACAAAAUCUCACAUUUUAAAAUUGUACUUUACUACUAUAGCAUUACACAUUUUGCAAGCAUAUCUUCUAGAAUGUUUAUUUUCAGUUCAGUUGAUACGUAUUGCAUACCUGCUAUGUGUAAGAUAAAACCGAUGGGAUUUUAAGUGAAAUUUUUAGGUCCCAAUACCUUUUUUCUUCAUGUUUUCUGUGUCAUGCUUAACAGUACAUAUACAUUCCCAAUUACAAUUUUGUGAAAUGUUUAUUUGUAAUACAAUAAAACAUUGUUGCUCUUUCUGCUUAAA